AUGUCGAAGUCUCCCAUCACUUGUCAUGUUCUCGAUUCAUCACUGGGAAAGCCAGCGACGGGUGUUCAAGUGAGCCUUCAAGAGUGUUAUUCUCCCGCCUUUGACGGCGGCCCAGUCAUAUGGGAGCCUUUAGCCCACGGGUACACAAAUUCGGAUGGCCGGUGCAUGGAUUUGCUUCCAGCUCGUGGUAGUGAAGAAGCCAAGGAUAAGAACGUGGAGCUCAAAGCCGGAAGUACAUACAAAAUUGUGUUCAAAACCAAGGAUUACUUUGAGAGAUCAGGUCGGCGAUGCUUCUACCCUUGGGUCGAGAUACCGUUCGAAGUCCUCAAUCCCACGGAGCAUUAUCAUAUACCUUUGCUCAUCAGCCCAUACUCUUAUACAACGUAUCGUGGCAGCUGA